CGUCGCCGUCGUCGUCGUCGUCGUCGUCGUCGUCGUCGUCGUCGUCAUCGUCGUCGUCGUCGUCAUCGUUAGUUUGCUUCGUUGUCUGUUCCCCGUAGUCGUUUACCUUCGUCCUACCUGGACGACGGAAAGAACCAAACGAACCAACCAACCAACUUUAAUCCUACCAGAGGAACGAACCAAGGAACAACGUUUGCCGGGUGCCGCUUCGCUAUCGGUUACCGAAGUGGCUGCGAGUGGUGUUGGUGCUGACUCCGAUUCUGAAGAAGAGAGAACGGUGGGGGUGGAAGAAGGACCAUAGUCCAAAAGAAAAAGGGGGUACCUUUUGCUUCACAUUUCUAGGACAACGAAAAACUUGGGACUAAUUUGAUUCGACAGGUGGAUAACUACGAAUGAUGUUAAAUUGACGAAAAUUGAGCAACGCAAGGGAUGGCUCCUUUCGGUACCGUUUUCCUCGGUGUCUGGGGAGUGUUCGUCGUCAUUUUGAUCCAAGGUCCAGCAUUUUGGGGCCUGAUAAAUCCAGAUUGGUGGCUGUGUAACAAAGGUAGACGACAAUCACCGGUGAACUUGGAGCCAAACAGACUUCUCUUCGACCCAAACUUACAGCCACUUCACCUAGACAAGCAUAAAGUCGGUGGUGUUCUGGCAAACACCGGUCACAGUGUGGUAUUCGCGGUCGAAAACGAUACCCGCCAUCCUGUCAAUAUAUCCGGUGGGCCCCUCAGUUACCGUUAUCAAUUUCACGAGAUUCACCUGCAUUUUGGAUUGGAGGAUCACAUAGGUAGCGAGCAUUUCAUAGAUGGACACUCGUUUCCCGCUGAGCUCCAGAUAUUCGGAUUUAAUUCCCAGUUGUACAACAAUUUCUCGGACGCGUUGCACAGAGCACAAGGGAUCGUUGCAGUCUCCCUUUUACUUCAGGUAGGAGAUCUGUCAAACCCACAGCUGAGAACGUUUACCCAGCAACUGGAUAAAAUCAAAUACGGAGGGCAGGCCGUGGAAAUUACACAUUUCGUCGUACGCGAUCUUCUACCGGACACGAAGCAUUACAUGACGUACGAUGGUUCAACCACGAUGCCUGCUUGCCAUGAGACCACGACGUGGAUAAUAUUGAACAAACCUAUAUAUAUUACCAAACAGCAGCUCCAUGCGCUACGACAAUUGUAUCAGGGUGACAUGAAACAUCCAAAUGCGAAGCUUGGGAACAACAUUAGACCGAUUCAACCACUCCACCAUCGUCCCAUACGAACCAACAUCGAUUUUAGUGCGGAGCAUAAAAAUUGUCCAACGAUGAACAGGGAUCUCUACUACAAAGCCAACAGCUGGAAAUAACCCUGAGAGGCUACAAGAAACAACUACACGCACUACGAUGAUCAACGUUAUGCGUUUUAAAAUGAAUGGAAUAGAAAGAAAAAUGAUGAUGAUGAUGAUAAUGAUGAUGAUGAUGAAGAAACGAAGAACGUGAAAAGGAGAAUGGAAGAAUGAAUGGAAAAAAAGAACAUACAAAACACAGAGACAGAACAAGAAGAAGAAAAAAUUGGUCUAAUGAAAA